CAGGAGCUCCGCCCCGACGCCGCUGCCUCCGGUUGCCUUGGUGCGCCGCCUCGGGUCUUAACAAGAGGUCUGGAGGUUGGUUUGCGUUGCACCGGGGAGGACCGGAGGGAGGGCGGGGGGAUUUGAUCUCUUUUCUAGGUGGGGGCCGCUUGGUAUGAACAAGUCGGAGAUGGCGGACGAAGCUCUCUUCCUCUUGUUACACAACGAAAUGGUGUCCGGGCUGUACCGCGCUGCCGAGCAAGGCGAUGGGGAAAAUGGGCGUUGUAUUACAAAAUUGGAAAACAUGGGGUUUAGAGUAGGACAAGGAUUAAUUGAAAGGUUCACCAAAGAUACUGCCCGAUUCAAGGAUGAAUUAGAUAUAAUGAAAUUUAUCUGCAAAGAUUUUUGGACUACUGUAUUCAAAAAACAAAUUGAUAAUCUCAGGACCAACCAUCAGGGUAUCUACGUACUUCAGGAUAACAAAUUUCGUCUUUUGACUCAAAUGUCUGCAGGAAAGCAAUAUUUGGAACAUGCACCUAAGUAUUUGGCAUUUACGUGUGGACUAAUUAGAGGUGCUUUAUCAAAUUUGGGAAUAAAGAGUAUUGUGACAGCUGAAGUUUCAACAAUGCCUGCAUGUAAAUUUCAAGUGAUGAUACAGAAGAUAUAAAAUUCAUUCUCUUGCUCUGUAAAAUGACAGAAUGAACUGUAUUUUAUUUAUAACCAUGUGAAGCUAUCCUUUGUUGUAUUAUGUGUCAGCUUUGCCAAAUACAUUAAUUUUCCAGAUGUGAUCAAUUGCCAUUCUUCAUAGAUUUGCUGCUAGAUUUUUAAUUAUGUUCAGUUUGUGUGUCCAUGAAUAUAAUAUGAAUUUUACAUGUUUGUAAGGAUGGAUGGAAUAUCCUAAAUAAAUGCCAAACUCUAGUA